AUGUCUGCUGCAGUGGACUUUCCUGAAUGCGAGUCACCACCUAAUGAGGCGCAAGACUCCGGAGAGGAGCAAGAAGAAGAGAAGGAGUAUGAAGAACGCGAGAGACGCUUCGACCCAGCAGCCUACCCAGAGCUUCGCGACAUCCCCCACGAAAGACUCAUCCAGUUCGAUCCUGAAACGCAGAUGUCAAAUCUUACCCGCAAAUGCUCGGAAACGGGAGAAAUAAAAGUCGAUUCCACCACAUUCAUCAUACACCUAGCCAAUGGGCACAACCCGGUCUCAUAUUCAUGGGCUUUGUACUUCGGCCCUCAAUCUCGCUACAACAAAUCUUAUCUUAUGCCUUGGAUCAGAUCCAUUAGCGAAGAAGAAGCAGGGUACCAGAAUUUGGAAGUCGCACUCGAUCACAUCUUUGAUCACAUAAGUGCUGAGAUGAAGCAGGUGAUCAUUGCCACAGACUCCCCAUCGCUGUUUGAGCUCGUUACAGAAGAAAUACCCGAAAUGGCGAGGGAUAAGGAUUUUCGGGAACGAGGACAGGGACAGCCCAAUACAUUUCAUGUCAUCUGGAAAUGUCUCAACGCGGAUCAACUGAGCUCUUAUGAUGACAGGACGCUGGACUUUCGCUUCUGGCUAAUACCGGAGGAGAUGAACCAGGAGGCUCAGGCAAUGGCGCAACGCUUGAUAGAUGCAGAAAUGCGAAAGGUACUUGCCGAAAUUGCCGAACCUAUCGGGUACCCGCGAGUGAAACGGAGACGGAGGUUCUGA